GACACCUCCGCGCCUGCCCUGGGCCCAAAACUGGGCUGAGAAUAACAAGAGCCCCUAGACAGCCGACCCUGGGGUUCACCUCUUCGCUCCUUGAGCGCAGCCAGCAAUUCUCUCCCACAGUAGCUGCUCAGCCCUUGGGAGGCCCUGGGCACUGCGCGCUCCGUGUCCCCACUUUGUAGCAAGACUGGCACCCCAGGGGAACCUGGAGCUUGGAGACACUCUCGCGCCUAGCCCGUCAGAGGAGUGGGCGCAGCAGUCAAGUGGCGGCCAGACGAGCAGCUUCAGGGCCUCGGAUACGGCGACGGUGCACGGGGGGUGCAGCUCGGGUGCCCGGCUCCAGCGCGGGAGGAAGUCCCUCUCGCCGCGUGGGGAGCGCGAGGGACGCGCCCUGGGCGCACACCCAGGAGGCCUCCCCGCCAGCCCUCUGAACCGUCCUUAGGGCGCGAGGAGGAGCUUGCUGGCGACCUCGCGGCUGUCCAGAGCCAGAGAGUGGGAGCACUGCGUCUCCUGCCUCAGCUGGGAAGGGGGAGUGGCGCUGGCCGGCCGGAGCCGGGAACCCAGCGAGCGCCUGACCUUCUUCCUCCUCUUUCUUAUCCACUUAGGCUCCCAAGCAAGGUUGUAGCGACUGGAGAAGCCCUCCCCCCCACCCCUUUUUCCUAGAAGGCUGGUGAUGGAUCUCCUGCUUCUGCCCCCGCUGGGGCACUUGGAGCGCGCUGGUGGCGCGUGAGCCGGGAACUACCCUCCGCCGCCCUCUGCGAGCCUCGGGCCGACCCAGCCUGGCAGCCUCGCCUGAGCCCCUUUCCUUUCUGGGCCCCAAAUCGCUAGCGUUCUGAGAGCUGGAAGAGGGCAGCUCCCAGACACAGCCCCGCCGAGAUGUCCGCGCAGAGCCUGCUCCACAGUGUUUUCUCCUGCUCCUCGCCGGCCUCGGGCAGCGCAGCCUCGGCCAAGGGCUUCUCCAAGAGGAAGCUGCGCCAGACCCGCAGCCUGGACCCGGCUCUGAUCGGCGGCUGCGGGGGCGAGGCGGGCGCCGAGGGCAGCUCGCGGGGCCCCACCGGAGGUCGCCUCUGCUCCCCGCUGUCCCUAGCCGAGGGUCUGGGGCCCCGCUCAGCGUCUUCUCCUCGAGGCCCACACCCCCGGACCAGCCGCCUGCCGCCCCCUAGACCCCUCUGCUCUUCCUUCUCCACACCCAGCACCCCGCAAGAGAAGUCGCCGUCUGGCAGCUUCCACUUUGACUAUGAGGUCCCUCUGGGUCGCAGCCUCAAGAAGAGCAUGGUGUGGGACCUGCCUUCGGUCCUAGCCGGGCCGGGCAGUGGCCGCAGCGCCAUCCUCUGCUCCUCUGGUGGAGGCCCCAACGGCAUCUUCACUUCUCCCAGAAGGUGGCUCCAGCAGAGAAAGUUCCAGUCGCCACCUGACAGCCAUGGCCAGCCCUACGUCGUGUGGAAGUCCGAGGGUGAUUUCACCUGGAACAGUAUGUCCGGCCGCAGCGUGCGGCUGAGGUCAGUCCCCAUCCAGAGCCUCUCAGAGCUGGAGCGAGCCCGACUACAGGAAGUGGCUUUUUAUCAGCUGCAGCAGGACUGUGACCUGAGCUGUCAGAUCACCAUUCCCAAAGAUGGACAAAAGAGAAAGAAAUCUUUGAGAAAGAAACUGGAUUCACUAGGGAAGGAGAAAAACAAAGACAGAGAAUUCACCCCCCAGGCGUUUGGAAUGCCCUUAUCCCAGGUCAUCGCCAACGACCGGGCCUACAAACUCAAGCAGGACUCCCAGAGGGAUGAGCAGAAGGACGCGUCUGACUUUGUGGCUGCCCUGCUCCCGUUUGGAAAUAAAAGGCAGAACAAGGAACUCUCAAGCAGUAACUCAUCUCUCAGCUCCACCUCGGAAACACCAAAUGAGUCCACAUCCCCCAACACCCCGGAGCCGGCUCCUCGGGUCAGGAGGAGGGGGGCGAUGUCGGUGGAUUCCAUCACUGACCUUGAUGACAAUCAGUCUCGACUGCUGGAAGCUUUACAACUCUCUUUGCCUGCCGAGGCUCAAAGCAAAAAAGAAAAAGCCCGAGAUAAGAAACUCAGUCUGAAUCCUAUUUACAGACAGGUCCCCAGGCUGGUGGAUAGCUGCUGUCAACAUCUAGAAAAACACGGCCUCCAGACCGUGGGGAUAUUCCGAGUUGGAAGCUCAAAAAAGAGAGUGAGACAACUGCGUGAGGAAUUUGACCGUGGGGUUGAUGUCUCCCUGGAGGAAGAGCACAGCGUUCAUGACGUGGCUGCCUUGUUGAAGGAAUUCCUGAGGGACAUGCCGGACCCCCUUCUCACCAGGGAGCUGUACACAGCCUUCAUCAAUACUCUCUUGUUGGAGCCGGAGGAACAGCUGGGCACCCUGCAGCUUCUCAUCUACCUUCUACCUCCCUGCAACUGCGACACGCUGCACCGCCUGCUGCAGUUCCUCUCCAUCGUGGCCAGGCACGCCGAGGACAACGUCAGCAAGGAUGGGCAAGAGGUCACUGGCAACAAAAUGACAUCUCUCAACUUGGCCACCAUAUUUGGACCCAACCUGCUGCACAAGCAGAAGUCGUCAGACAAAGAAUUCUCGGUCCAGAGUUCUGCUCGAGCUGAAGAGAGCACGGCCAUCAUUGCCGUGGUGCAGAAGAUGAUUGAAAAUUAUGAAGCCCUGUUCAUGGUUCCCCCGGAUCUCCAGAAUGAAGUGCUGAUCAGCCUGUUGGAGACCGACCCGGACGUGGUUGACUAUUUACUCAGAAGGAAGGCUUCCCAAUCUUCAAGCCCUGACAUGCUGAGAUCAGAAGUUUCCUUUUCCGUGGGAGGAAGGCAUUCGUCCACAGACUCCAACAAGGCCUCCAGCGGAGACCUCUCCCCUUAUGACAACAACUCCCCAGUGCUGUCUGAGCGCUCCCUGCUGGCUAUGCAAGAGGACGCGGCCCCGGGGGGCUCGGAGAAGCUUUACAAAGGGCCGGAGCAGUAUAUGCUGGUGGGCCACUUGCCAUCUUCGAAGUCGAGGGAGAGUUCUCCCGGACCAAGGCUUGGGAAAGAUAUGGCUGAGGAGGCUCUCAAUAUCUGGGGGACUUGGCAUUCAACACUAAAAAGUGGAUCCAAAGACCCAGGCAUGACAGGUUCCUACGGAGACAUUUUUGAAAGCAGCUCCCUCCGGCCGGGGCCAUGCUCCCUCUCUCAGGGGAACCUGUCCCCAAACUGGCCCCGGUGGCAGGGCAGCCCCACAGAACUGGACAGCAGUGCGCAGGUCGCUCGGAGGACUCAGGCGGCCGGCGCCGCGGCGGCGUGCAGGGCGCAUGCGCCGGUGGCCCGCGUCUGCGGCUCGUCCCACGUCCAGGGCGCCGAGCAGCCCGCGCCACGGCCACGGCCACGGCCACGGCCGGAGGCGUUCUGGACCCCGAGCGGCGCCCAAGACCUCGCCGAGAGCGAGCUGGAGGUGGCCUGUCCGCACCGGAGCGCCAAGCCUCCGGCCCAGAGACCUGGAGAAGGUGCCAGGCACGACCAGAGGCCUCCUCCUCCUUAUCCUGGUCCAGGGAAGCCAGCCGUCGCAGCGGCCCACCAGCCCGCGGAGUCACCGCUGUGGAGGCCUCAGAGGCCAGGAGAAGGCUCCGGAUCAGCGUCGCAAGAGGGAAGCCAAACAGGCGAUCGAGAGCCUCAGACCGCCCAGCAGCCGGUGAGCAGUGCCUACCCCAGUCCGGCCAGCGAUCAGAACAGUGAGACCCUGCGGGAACCCAACUGGCUCGACUGGCAGAGGGAGCGGUGGCAGAUCUGGGAGCUCUUAUCCGCCGACAACCCCGAUGCCCUCCCGGAAACGCUGGUAUGAGCCCCGUGCGCUCGAGCCCUCCGGCCCCAAACAGCCUUCUUCCACUCAGCAGGGGAAAAAGUGGGUAUUGGACAAUUGGGCACUUACUUACGUUUCUUCUUUUACACCUUAAAAAAAAUAAUAAUAACACAAGCGGAAAUUCGGUUCACUUACAGAUAGAGAGCACUUGUACCCUGGCCCUUUAUAAUAAGAUUCUAUUGCAUAGCCAGCAUUCAGACAAAAGAAAAACAAUCGGGGACGCUCAUAGCCAACCUAACAGCUCUUCACAUUGGCUCUGCAUAAGAUACAACUCUCGCUUUGGUAUUGCUUAAUUGUAUUUAUGUGUCUUCAGUUUUGACUCUUGUAUAUUCUGUAACAGAUUAUGUAUGAUACUCGUAUAUGUUACAUUCACAGAAGACAGAAGGAACACAUUUUUAAAUCACUUAUUCUAAGUAAGGAGAUUCUAUAGAAUGUUCUAGAACUUGCACAAGCGGGUGUCUGUGCUUUUGCGAUAGCUUUCUAACUGGGGACAGCCCUUCCUUCAAUGCCUAAGAAAAACACUAACAAGACAGAAUACAACAGAGUAUGAGAAGCCAUAUUUUUAUAUAGUAGCGAGAUACAACAAAAUAUAUCGUCACAGAAUGCUUUUUCAUAUUGAAUAUGUUUUGAGGAAAUAUUAAAUUUGAUACUUAUGGAAUAUAUUUUUAGAAUCUGUUUCGAAAGGAUUCAGGUUAAUGAAACAGGAGAAAGGCCGUGCCUGACAAAGAAAGAAGAAGAAGUUGCCCUGCCCAUUCUAGGUCAAAUUCAAUUUUAUAUAGACCAUAUAUAAUAUAUAUUUAUAAUGUACGAUUUUUAUGUAUUUUUCAAAACUACAAACUGGAAUCCAACUAUAAAGCAUUUAAAAAUCAAAAUAGAGUAUUCAAAUUACAAAACACAAGUUUGUCCUUAUGCCCCCAAAGCAGUAUUAACCAAAUUAUAUGCAGUGCUUUGUAAAGUAAAUCAUAUUUGGGGGAAAAAAAAUUAAGCUCUGUAUUUACAGUGUGCCAAAGGCUGAGGAAAUGUUUUUUUUGGUAAUUCUACGUAUCGUGUAAAAUGUUCCUACUCCUUCAGUAGUCCAUUCGAAGUUUUUCAGCUGCAAAACAAUUUUUGACCAGUAGGUGGCAAUUCGCUUCAGUAUUUUAUGAGAUUUUUUUUUUUUUCACUUCAUAAGGGAAUGUGUAUUAUAGACAAAGAUUUUUUUUUUUUUAUAAAACAUGCUACUCUUACCUUUCAUGUUGGCAAUGACCUUUUCAGUGGUGUUUCUUAAAGUUCUUACUUGUGCCAUAAUGAAUAAAAAGUUAAGCA